AAGAGAGAGAGAGAGACAACAAAAUCAAGAACAAAAAAAGAGAGAAAGAUGGAGGAUGAAACGCCUGGAAGAUGCUUAGUUUAGAUAAUAGGUAUAGUCACCAUGGUGAUGGUAGUUAGUGACACGAUCACCUACAAAAACAGAAGAGAUCCCCACCUUUUUUUUAUUUUUCUUUUUCUUUUGUUAUUCAUAUUUUUAUGCUGGACAUAAGAAGAAAAGAAUGACUAAUAACCAUAGCGAAAGUACAACGAUUGUUAUCGAUAAAAGAUCCUCAUUAUCAGCAAGGGCGAGCAAGAUUCCUCAAAAGAUCGUUCAAUCGUCUUCCAGUUUAUUAUUUUCACUUCGACCCUCUAUUAGUACCAACAAUAACAGUGACAGUAGUAACACCUUGGGAACCAAUGAAGGAUUCACAAAGAAACUGGGCAAUAUAUUGUUUGGUAGUCCACGUGAAACAUCUUCCUCGACUUUACAACCACCCACAAAUAAUAAUACUCAAUCCAGAUUAUAUUACUCUUCUUCUCUGUCUAAGCUAACCAACCGUAAACUAAGACAUACCUUAGAUAUACCAAAACGACAACAAGAAGAAAAACAAGUAAAAAAAAAGAUCAACUAAUGUGUACCUUUUCUAAACAUAGUCCGAUAGCCUAUUACAUAUAUAUUUAGUAAUCGUAAUAAUAACAAUCACAGCAGCAGUAGUAGUAGCAGCAGUAGUAAUAGUAAUAAUAAUAA